AUGGAACAAAUCGUGAAGCCUCUUCCUGAUACUCCUCUAGGGUCUGACGGAUCAUCGUCUAAGUCAGAGCAUAACAAACGUUUGUCUAGUAGGCAAUCCUCACCCAGAAGAAGAGAAGACAACAGCAAGGUGCAAGAAGAAGAGGAUGAAGAGUUUGAAUUUUUCCAUAAGUUUGAUAGGGAGAAAAUUAAAGGAGUAAUCCAUUUGAUUACCUCUGAAUUAAAAGAAAGAGGUGCAGAUGUUGAAUAUAUUAUGAUUCCAUUUAGGCCUGAACAAACUAAUGAAAAGUUAUUAAAGUUUUUGAAUCAAUUAUUUCCUAUGGGGAAUGGGCAACCUGUGAAUAAGAAGUUGCAACAUAAAAUCAUUACAAAGACGGAAGUAUGGACGUUAUUCCAAGGGUUGAAGUAUAUUUGGUGUAGAUUACCCAAUUCUGAGAUUAUAGGAUGGAACGCUUAUCUGGAGUUUAAAUAUAGAGAGGCUGAUAAGGAUUAUCCUCAAAAGGCGUUUUUGGAAAUAAUGCCACAAUGUUUAGAGUCCUCUAAUCAUGCCUCUAUUGUCUAUGAUUUUUUUGAUUUGAUUGUUACUUUGGCUUCAAAUUCUAAAGUUAAUAAAAUGAGCGCAAGGAAAAUAAGUAAAAUGUGUGCUAUAUGGGCUUUUAAUAAACCAUCUAAAGAUGAUGGCAUAGCCUCUUCUGCAAAUAACUUGGAUUUUGAUUCGAAUGCCAGUGGAGGCGUCUUACCAAAAUACAAGAAAGUGAACAAUACUUUCCAAGAUGGUUUAGCAGAAUGGGUUCCUGCAUCAGAUGCAAUGUUCCAUUUGUUACUAGCAUUUUUAAAGAGUUUUGUACCUAAGGAUCUCGAAUCAGCCAAAUUACCAAGAGCAUUAAAGAGUAUCCUAUUCAAUAAUGAAUAUCCACCAAAGGAUUCUACAGCAUACACGUCUGAGACAAUCUUGACGAUUCCACUUGUAACAUUAUAUACAGACCAAUUUUCUAGGAAACCUUGGCAAUUGUUGGAGAAAUGUAAUGCUUUGUUGGAUUUCUCUGAUUAUGACGCCUUUGAGGCACGUGAGGAUUAUGCAUUAUUGAAAUCGUUGUUCAAGAAGAAGAAAAACGUUGAAGGGAUUAGUAGGAAGAUGUCACAGGAAUCUCGAAGAUUGAUGAAAGCUAUGUCGACGAAACAUUCUACGUUCCAAGCUGGUUGGGCUCCAAGAAAGUGUUUAGAAAAUAUCAAUCAGUUGGAAGAAAAUAUACAAGUGAAAAGAGUAGACAUUGAUGAUUACUUUAUAUGGACAUGGUUAUCUAGUUUAUCAUAUGAGGAAACUUCCGAAAAGAAAAAAAUCUUCGGUAGAUCCGUAAUAUUGGAAUUUGAAUUCGAUGGGUUUAAAAAAUGGGUUUGUUUUCAAGAGAGUGAUAUUACUUUAGAUUACAAUAGUCAAAGUCAAUUGAAGGAUAAGAAAAAUGAAGAAAAAUCUAAAAGUAGAAGCGCCUCACCUGCCAAGAGUAAAAAGAGUACAUCAUCUUCAUCUCUUGAGAGAAAAGAACCUGCCAUUAUACCGAAAAUCAGAGAUCAAUCAAGAACAUACGAUAAUUUCAAAAGUUCUAAUGAAAAUGCUACUCGAAUGCCAUCUGCACAAGCAACGGGACAAUAUCAUACCACGAUUAGCUUAGACUCAUUAAACAAAAAUAGUAAACAACAAAAAACAUCGUUCGAUAAGAUAUCCAAAUGGAAUCCAUUACAUAAUUUGAGGAAAAAAAGUAAUAGUAGUGUUGGUGCAUCUGUGUCUUCAAGUAACUAUGAGGACAGAAUUCCAUCCAGAGGUGGUUAUCUGGAAAAUGAUGCCACUAAUAAUAACAUGACUGGGCAACGGACGGACAAAGAUAUCAUCCCAAUGGUUACAAAUGCUAAUAUGUACGAGUUACCUCCGAUCGAAACUGAUGAAUUUAAAAUAGAUCUACCUGAUAUUAAUCCUGAUAUGAUUGUUGCACCUUCCGUUAACCAGCCACGUAUUGAAAUACCAUCAGAACAAGUUUCGAAUAAGAGAAAUACAAUGCAAUCUAAUCCAAAUACAAUAGAAGAAAUCAACGAAAUGGUAGAAAAUAUGAUAACUGACGAAAUAGCGGAAAAUCCAUUAUUAGAUUCAGAAAUUCCUGAUCCAUUUAAGAAUGUUACGAAAUUUGACCAGUACAAGCCUUCUACUCUUAGAGAUCCUGAUAUGGAGGCAUCAUUAUCCAGUACAGUUCAAUCUUUAAAGAUCAGUUCACCUCAGGAUGCUACACCUACUCAUGAUAGAAGUGGUUUGGAUUAUAGACAAAACAAUAGUAACUCUACAAUCAAUCUAAACAAAGCUCAACAAGCUACAAACGCUCCAUCAAACAAUAUCGAUAGCCGACAAUAUAGAUCACAAGAACCUUCUAAUGACCGGUACGAGACAUCCAACAAACCUAAACAAAGCGACACGAGAGUUAACAACAUGCCCGGAUAUAAUAAUUAUAAUCAACCACCAAAUGGGAAUAGAUAUCAAGACAAUAACGGUGGCCACAGAGAAAGGGUACAAGCACAACAUAUACCUGCAACAAGAAAUAUCGAACAACCAUUACCUCAAAACGCACCUGAAUCACAACCACAAGAAAGAGGGCGUUCCCAUGGAGAACCAAUGCCAUCCAACAUUCAAAUACCUCAAAGUGGUAAUAAGAACAGAUCUGGAAAUAGUGUACCCACUGGCAAUUUUGUUCCGCCACCAGGACCUCAACAAGGUGUGUACAAUAAUUAUGGCGGGAGUCCAUCUCGUCAAAAUGAAUCUCCAAUGAGACAAGGCCGUGCACAAUCUCCAAUGAGACAAGGCCGUGCACAAUCUCCAAUGAGACAAGGCCGUGCACAAUCACCUGGAAGACAGCAACCUCGUUCUUCAUCGCCAAUGCGGAAUCCAAAUAUGUCGAACCAAUAUGUUAAUUCUCCAUCUCCAGGUUAUCACAAUAGUAAUAUACCGACAGCACCGAAUGUUCGUUCAUCUUCACCAAUGCGCCAAAAUGGUAUGGGUUAUCCACAAAUGGGGCCACCACAGGUGCAAUAUAACAAUCAUCCGAAGAAACAAGUCGGACCGCAGUACAAUAUGAUGCCUCCACCUGUCCAAUCACCAAAUAUGCAAUUUAAUCAACAUAUGUCACCUCAACAGAGAACACAUGGAUUUAAUCAACCAAUGCCAAUGACUCCAAACUAUGGAUCCCAACAAUUCCAACAAGGUGUAAUGCCAAUGCCUCCUAUGGGAGGUAUGCCUAUGGGAGGUGUGCCUAUGGGAGGUGUGCCUAUGGGAGGUGUGCCAGGUCAAGGAUAUGCACCAUAUGGUAACGUACCUCCAAAUACGAUACCUAUGCAAAUGCCACAUGGUGGUGGUAAUAAAUUACACGGUAAUACAAACAGGAGACAAGAUAGAAGACAGCUGUAUGAUAACAUCCGUAGCGGUAACUUUGGUAUUUAA